UGGUGAUAUACCCGGGCAUUCGGGUGGGCGCCGAACAAACCGUCGUGAAGGCCAUUCUUUCUCCUUUGUCCACCACGACCUAACUUAAGUUGGAUAAAUCUUUCGUUGCCUGUGGACUGCACUGCAGAGCUCCCUUCUUGUUUCUGCCCUUGGCCCCGCCGUCUUUAAUCCCCUGAGCGUCCCGCCGGCCAGCUGUGUAUUAGCGGUCCCGAAAACCCCGAGAUGUAUACCACGUCGUUUGCCUUCUUCGAGGCGAUCGCCGAGGCCGGCGUCUCGCAUUGCUUUGUCAACUUGGGAUCCGACCAUCCUAGCAUCAUUGAGGCCAUGGUGGUGCUGAAGUCGAACCCCAAGUUCCCGCGCAUCAUCACCUGCCCGAGUGAGAUGGUCGCCAUGUCCAUGGCCGACGGCUACGCCCGCGUGACGGGCAAGCCUCAGUGCGUCAUCAUCCACGUCGACGUCGGCACACAGGCGCUCGGGGCGGCUGUCCAUAACGCAUCCACCGGCCGCUGUCCCGUGCUCAUCUUCGCCGGCCUCUCCCCGAUGACGCUGGAGGGGGAGCUGCGCGGCUCCCGCAGCGAGUUCAUCCACUGGCUGCAGGACGUGCCCGACCAGCGCGCCAUCGUCGCCCAGUACUGCCGGUAUACCAGCGAGAUACGGACGGGCGUCAACAUCAAGCAGGUGGUCAACCGGGCGCUGCAGUUUGCCACGAGCGUGCCACGGGGGCCCGUCUACCUCUGCGCCGCGCGCGAGGUGCUCGAGGCCGACAUCGAGCCGUACGAGAUGAGCCUCCGGCAGCGGUACUGGGAACCCGUCGAGCUGGGCGGAUUGCCGCCCAAGGGUGCCAGGGGGAUCGCCGAAGCGCUGGCGGGCGCGUCGAGACCGCUUCUCGUGACCGGGUACUCGGGCCGCAAUCACGAGACCCCCGCGGCCCUGAUCGAGCUUGCCGACAUCGUCAAGGCUCUGCGGGUGCUUGACACGGCGGGCAGCGACAUGUGCUUCCCCGCUGACCACCCAGCGUGGCUGGGUGUGAGACAGGGCGCGGACCCGUCCAUAUCUGACGCAGACGUGAUCGUGGUGCUCGACUGCGACGUGCCGUGGAUCCAGACGCUAUGCAAGCCGCGACCAGACGCGACCGUCUUCCACAUCGAUUCCGACCCGCUCAAGCAGCGCAUGCCCCUCUUCUACAUCCAGGCCGACGCCCGGUACCAAGCCGACUCGCUGCUCUCGGUGCAGCAGAUCAUCGAGGUCCUGCGCCGGCCGGACAGCGAGGCCGCCAAGCUCCUCGGCUCGAAGGAUCUCGCCGCGGCGGAAGCCGCGCGGCAGGAGGCGUAUGCCGCGCGCAUCGAGCGCAUCGAGAAGGCGGCGGGCCCGCUCCCCGAUGGGAGGUUCGGGGUCGCCCACCUCAGCAAACUCCUCCGGUCCGCCUGCCCCGAAGACACCAUCUGGGCGGUUGAGGCGGUCACCAACACGGGCUUCAUCCACGACAACGUGCGCCCGACGCGGCCCGGGUCGUGGAUCAACUGCGGCGCGAGCGGUCUCGGCUGGUCGGGCGGCGCCGCCCUGGGCAUCAAGCUCGCGGCCGACGCCGAGGGGCGCGGCCAGUUCGUCUGCCAGAUCGUCGGUGACGGGACAUAUAUGUUCUCCAUCCCAGGUAGCGUCUACUGGAUCGCCCAUCGGUACAAGAUUCCGGUGCUGACCAUUGUACUAAACAACAAUGGCUGGAACGCGCCGCGCAAGUCGUACAUGCUAGUGCACCCCGAGGGCGCGGCAUCCAAGGUGUCGGACGAGGACAUCCACAUCUCGUUCGCCCCGCCGCCGGACUACGCCGGUAUCGCGGCGGCGGCCGGGGCGGGCGACGUGCACGCCCUCAAGGUUGAGGAGGCGAGCCAGCUCGAGGCGGUGCUGAAGGACGCCGUGGCCAAGGUCCAGGCCGGAAACACGACGGUCGUGGACUGCCGAAUCGUGCCAGGGUACUAGACGGGAACUGAAACGA